AUGGUGCCUCUAAUAAGAGAAAUAGCAUUUUUCAAGAGAAUGAAUAUUUAAGGACCUGAUCUAAGUUAGAUUUGUCAUGAACUAAAAUAUGAGUUUUACCGUGAAGGAGAGUCAGUUUUUCGUUAAGGAGAGUAUGGAGAUAAGUUUUAUAUUAUUCUGAAAGGAGAGGUUUCAGUUAAAAUUCCUGAUCCUAAAAGAAAAAAUGAGCCUUAAAAACCAGGAGAAUAGUAGAAGCAGUCUGUGGCUUCUUCAGCAACGUAGCGUAGAGAAAGUGUAUUAGUCACAUAGGCUACUCUUUCAUUUCAAAGAAAAAAUACAUUAACAUCGACUUAAACUUUAAAGUUGCCUAAUACUAAAGAUAAUACAUUUUUAACUGCACCUGCCUCUCAUACAGAGAUGACACCUAAGCCUCAAUUGGAAGCUCUUACACCUGCAGCAAGAAGCUUACAUUAAUUUGCAGAAGAAUAGAAAAAAUAGAGAAGACAUACUAUGAACUUUAUGCUUGGUCCUACCAAAUUAGGUCAGACCAAGCCAAAUCAAGUCUCUUCACUUUUGAAAUAAAAAGAUUCUCAGAGUUAAAUUGUAGAAAACGAAUAUGAGGAAAGCAAUGAAGACUCGAAGGAUUAAACGUUAUCUGAUGUUUCUCCUCUUGGUGAUAUUGAGUCUGAGGAAGAAGAAGAAGACUAGGAGGAUGAUGAAGAUAUCAAAGUUAUGCAAUCUGUUGAAGAGUAGCAAGAUUUAAUAGCUAAAGCACUUGAAGAAGAUGAAUUCCUCAUAUAAGUUGCAAAGUUAGUUGAUGGUUCCUCUUUUGGUGAACUGGCAUUACUUGAAUAAAAGCCAAGAGCAGCAACAAUUAGGUGCUUGCAAAAUUCACAUUUCAUGGUCCUUACUAAAAACGAUUAUGUCAAAGUUAUUGGGAAAAUAGAAAGGAGGACCUACAACGAGAAGAUUAACUUUCUCAGAAAUAUACCUGUAUUCUAGUUAUUAACAAGAACAUCGUUAGGGAAAAUGACAUAUUACUUUGAUACGAAAAAUUGCAUUAGAGAUAGUAUCCUCUACAAGGAGGGAGAUAAUGCAGAAUUCGUUUAUAUAGUUAAAAAAGGUGAAUUAGAGGCAACUAAAAAGAUUCUUCAUACUGGCCCAAAAGCAGAGAAUAUAGAAGAGAUUUUAGAAAAUCCAUUGAAAGCAAACAAACAUAUGAACAAUUUAUUCAGCAAAAAUACGUUAAGGCAACUAUUCAUCACUGGAAUAAGUUAGCUAAUAGGAGACGAGGACGUUGCUUUAAAUUCUACAUUAUAUUAAACUACAAUCAGAUGCAUUAGCUAGACAGGAGAACUGAUUAGAAUAAAGCGAGAAGAUUUUCAAAGACUUCAAGCAUAGGGGCCUACUUGGAAUGAGAUAUUAAAAUCAGUUACAGAAAAAAAGAGAAAAAUCUAAUUGUGCCUUUUUCAAACUAGAGCAUCAAAAAUAAGAAUCGAGAAUUAACUCGAACAUGAUACUAAUAUAAUUAAGGAUCAAAUAAAAAAUGAAUUACUUGCGAAUCCUAUAAAAGAUAAUUCAGCCAAGAAAGCUCGCACCCAUCAAAAUUCAAUAAAUGCCUCUGUUGAUUACACCAAAUACAGCAACUAAGGUUUAAAUUUUAAAGAUUUGAUUCAAGCAUAUGCGAAUAAAUAACAAACAAUUGAAACUCAUCCUUCUUUGGAAGAUACAGCUACAGUUCAUACUAAAUCUUUCUUAGACCCAACUGUCAAUAGCAGCCUACCCACGAUUGUAGAUAAUAAGAGGAUAUUUUAGUCUUUACAUAUGGCACAUAUGUCUAAGAGUAAUGAUAGAAAUAAAAUGUCCUAGACAAUUAGACUGAAUGCCAACAGGUUGAAAACUCUGAAACCUCAAGCUACUCUAUUCCCGGUCACUCUGAAUGCUAAACUUUUUAACCAAGAUAAUGCACUUAUAUAAGAUUUUCACUAAGGGCCGCCCUCUGUUAUAUCCAAGUAUAAUUAAGUAAUAAACCUAUAAUCCAAUGAAUUUGCUUUCAGAAGCUCCUCCUAGAAUAAAUCCAAGUAUUGA